UUUUUUUUUGCGACCAAAACCUAACUAGCUUAAGUAUGCUUGAUGUCGCUCUAAACGGAUUGAGCGGUUCAGUGCCUACGGAAAUUGGCAUGAUGAAAAAAUUGAAGUACUUAGACCUUGCAGGCAACAACUUGAGCGGUUCAGUGCCUAUGGAGAUUGGCGAGCUAGCAAAUUUGAUUUACUUAGACCUUAGCCACAACAACUUGAGCGGUUCAAUGCCCGUGGAGAUUGGCUCUCUUGCAUAUUUAACUGAAUUGUACCUUGAAAUGAACAACAUGAGUGGUGUGAUAACAGAAGAACAUUUUGCUGGUCUGAUGAAUUUGAAGACCAUUGAUUUAUCUUUUAAUAAUUUGGAGUUCACAAUUGACUCGCAUUGGGUACCUCCAUUCAACUUGGACUAUGGAUACUUUUCACCUUGUUAUUUGGGUCCCCAGUUUCCUAAAUGGCUUCGAUGGCAGAAGGGCACUAUAGAACUUGAUAUUUCAAACACGGGCCUAGUUGGUAGGAUCCCAGAUUGGUUUUGGACUACCUUUUCUGAGGCUGAAUCGUUGGACAUCUCCUCGAACCAACUUAGCGGGGACUUACCACUUAGUCUGGAGUUCAUGUCAGUGAUUGACCUUUCAAUGCAUUCAAAUCUACUGACUGGUUCCAUACCAAAGUUACCAAAAACAAUUAUGUUAUUGGACAUAUCCAGAAACUCUUUAAGUGGAUUUCCAUCAAGUUUCCAAAAUCCAGAUUUGCAGGUCGCGGUUCUUUAUUCAAAUUCAAUAACCGGGCCUAUUCCAGCGUCAAUUUGUCGUUUGCGAAAAUUGCGGGUCUUAGAUGUUUCAAACAAUCUACUUUCAGGAGUGCUUCCUGAUUGUGGCGGAAAAGAGUUAAAACCACAUGACCUAUCUAUCAACAACUCUUCAACCGUCAAUUCAGUGAGUUCUUUGAGUUUGAAAAUCACUACUCUCCUUCUUGGAAACAAUAGUUUAUCAGGUGGAUUUCCUUUGUUCCUACGACAAUGUCCAAGUCUUAUUUUCCUCGAUCUCGUUCAAAACAAGUUCAAUGGAGAGUUACCGGAAUGGAUUAGUGAAGUCAUGCCUGGUUUGGUUGUGCUACUGCUACGUCUAAACAACUUUUCUGGUCACAUUCCAACUAAAAUAAUGGAACUUCACGCUGUUCGUAUUUUGGAUCUGUCCAAUAAUAACUUUUCUGGGGCCAUACCACAAUACCUAGAAAAUUUGAAAGCUUUGAGGGGCACAUCUACUUCUGAUGAUGGUACAGAAUCUUCGAAUCCUUUUGGUGAAACAUACUACCUCAAGUAUAGUACGGUUCAUAUGGGACCCUCUGAUGAUAGCUUAUCAGUCGUAAUAAAAGGGCAAGUGCUUCAAUACCAGGGGAAUAGUAUAUAUUUGAUGACCCUUGAUUUAUCCUGCAACGGUUUAACCGGAAAAAUCCCAAAGGAAAUAAGCUCCCUUGUCGGUCUCAUAAAUUUGAACUUAUCAUCAAACUUGUUGAAUGGAAAUAUCCCAUAUAAGAUUGGCAACCUUCGAUCACUCGAGUCUCUUGACCUCUCAAAAAACAAUCUUGGUGGUGGCAUACCUCAGAGCUUAUCAAAUUUGACGUACUUGAGCUAUCUAAACUUGUCAUACAAUAAUCUCUCAGGAAGAAUACCUUCGGGACAUCAACUAGACACACUCAAGGCAGAUGAUCCAGCUUCUAUGUACAUUGGUAAUCCUGGUCUUUGUGGAGAUCCUGUUCCAAGGCAAUGUCCUGGUUCUCCAAGAGAUCUGCCAGUCAACGGUGAUUCGGAAAGUUUGCCUGAACCUGGUUUGUCUCAAAUGGAUUUCCUUCUAGGAUUAGUUACUGGUUUUGUGGCAGGUGCUUGGAUGGUAUUUUUUGGGUUUCUUUUUGUAAAGAGGUGGAGGUAUGCUUAUUUCAGGCUGGUCGACAGGCUACUCGAUAGUUUGCAUGUCAUCUUUGUUGUUAACUGGCGGAAAUGGUUCACGAACACAAGUGGAAUUUAAGCAAGGCAUAUAUACAGUGGGUGGUUGCUCUAUACAUAGAUACUGCUACUUGAAUAAGGCGGAUGGAGAACUAAUCGAUGUACUGUAUUGUCAGACACUCUGGUGUUCAAUAUACCCUCUCUCAUAAAAUAAUUGCCUCAUCGCAUACCAGUUGUAUAAUAUUGUUCAGAAUUA